AUGGAUUUAUGGGUGCUAGCAGCAGCAGCAGCUACUGAGGCUGCUUAUGUAGCAAAGUAUUGUUGGCAUAAAUGGCUUUUCAAGGAAGGUUUAUCAGAAUCGGUUCAUGUUCAUGGGCAAUCCCAGAUUCUUGGUGAUUCAGUAAUCGAUUCAGCUUCUGCUAGUGGUGGUGGUGAAGAGCAUUUGGCUCCAAAAGAGAUGAAAAAAACUGGGCAUAGGAUGGAGGAGCUGACUGAGUCUUCUGGUGAAUUGGUUUCUGAUUUUGUUGUGACAGGAAAGGCUGUGUAUUAUUUUCAUGAUAGACUAAAGAAAAGCAGAUAUCUUGGAAUUAAAUCUAAUGGGUAUUCUUAUAAAGCUCUGGAUUCCACAGAAAAUUGCUUUUUGGCUCAGGUGGUGUUGUACAGGGAACAUGCUAGAGUGGAAGAGGAAGUGGAUGGUUCCUGUGCAUGGUCAGCAUCAGCAUCACCAUGUGUUUUGACAAUGAGGCCAUUAUUGGUUAACAAUGGGAGGCAAGUAAUUGGCUUUGCAAGUGUUGAUUUCAAUGAGGUGUGGUUGGAGAGUGAGGAAAGAGAGCUUGAAAAGAAAUGUGGCUUGAAAGAGAAGGCCCGGCGGCAGCGGCAGCAGAGGCAGAGGCAGAGGAGAUGUAGCAGCUCAACUACAUGGGUGUCUGGUAGACCGUUUCACUCACAAGGUUCACAAUAUGGAAUGCUUCUUUUACUUAUUGGAAUCACAAUUGGAAUAAUGUAUACUAUUAUUGCUCAUAAAAGAGAAGUUGACAAGUUAAAUGAGUCGCUGAAGCAGACGCAGAAGUUGGUCCAAGAUUUGCAUAAGGAGGAGGAGGCAGAGAUGAAAGAUUCAUUGAACUUGAAGGAGCUCAGUAAUUUGGGUUUUGAGUUCCAGGGAACUGACCAGACGGUAGAUGAUGAUGCUGAAGCUAUGAGCAAAAUUGAGGCAGAGCUCCUAGCUGAACUAGAGCUUUUGGAACUAAACGUUAACACAUACAGCUUAAGCAGAACACCAGAUAUUGUGGAGCUGGAUCCUGACUUUGUAGCAGAUGUUGUUGAGGAAGAUCUGAGACUUGACAGGGUCAAUUGGGAACCUGCUGGCAGUUCAUCAGUCUCAAGUCAUGAAGAAGCUGUGUGCCCUAGGGAGCUGAGUUUGCGUCUCCAUGAGGUGAUCGAGUCAAGGCUUGAAGCACGUAUCAUGGAGCUUGAGACAGCACUUGGAGCUAGUCAAAAGAGGGUGCAUUCAAUGGAUUUUGAACAUGUAAAAUCUCUGAGGGACUUCAAUGAAUUUAACAGAUAG